UGUUCUGUGGCUCCCCACUGCGCAGGCUCAGUGAGACGUCACGAUCUGUAGCUGCUUCCGUGUUUUUCCAGCAGAACGCUACGCAUGUCCGUUUUUGAAUGUCUGUUUACCUGCGUUGUAUGUACCUAUGACUUCUUUCCAAAGAUAGCGCAAAGCCUCCCUCUGAAACUGAGAGCAGCACCUGCCGACAUGGCCGCGGCAGCACCGGCGGCGGAGGACUCGGGUCGGCCCGGCGCACAGGGGGCGCUGACAGGUGACGGAGAGCCAGAGGAGGCCGAGCACUACUCCUGCCUGAGCCACUGCUCGGAGCUGUCCCGGCGGCAGAACGAGCAGCGGAAGGCUGGGCUCUUCUGCGACAUGACACUGGUGUUCAGCCCGGGCGGGGCGUCCAAUGAAAGAGCCCGGACAUUUGAGGUGUCUGCUCACCGCUCGGUUUUAUCCGCUGCUACGGACUACUUCACGCCCCUGCUGGGGGGGCAGUUUUCAGAGUCACUGUCCGGCCGAGUGGAGAUCAGAGAAUGGAGCUCAGAAACGGGACCGGACCCGGAGACGGUGGAGAGCGUCAUACAGUUCAUGUACACGGGGGAAAUGCGGGUCACCACCGCCAAUGUGCAUGAAGUGCUGGAGCUUGCCGACAGGUUCCUGUUGGGGCAGCUUAAGAACUUCUGUGGAGAGUUUCUGAAGAGGAAGCUGAGUCUGACCAACUGCGUCGCGGUACACAGCCUGGCCCACAUGUACACCCUGGACCAGCUGGCCCAAAGAGCUGCAGAGAUGAUCCGCCAGAACUUCCACAAAGUGAUCCAGGAUGAGGAAUUCUUCACGCUGCCCUUCCACCUGGUGCGGGACUGGAUGUCUGACAGUGAGAUCAUUGUAGAGUCUGAGGAGGAGCUCUUUGAAACUGUUGUAAAAUGGGUACAGCGAAACACAGAGGAGCAAGAGAAGCGCUUUGAGGAGCUGUUCCGGCUUUUAAGGCUGCCCCAGAUCACGCCGACGUACCUGACACGAGUCGUCAAAAAGGAGCCCCUGGUGGCCAACAGUGCAGCUUGCCGGCAGCUGGUGUGCGAUGCCCUCGAGGCCCACGCUAUUCGCCGUGAGAGCCUCAGCUCAGGUGACACAGAGCUCUGGGCCUCCUAUAUGGCAAAGUUCCAGCCACGCUUUGGCCAGAACAUGGACGUAAUCAUGGUGGUGGGCGGUGUGUCAGAGGGCGGUGACUAUUUGAGUGAGUGUGUGGGCUACUUAGUGUAUGAGGACCGUUGGGUCAACCUGCCGCACAUUCACAACCACCUAGACGGACAUGCCAUUGCGGUCACCGACAGCCAUGUUUAUGUGGCCGGGUCCAUGGAGCCCAGCUUUGCUAAGACUGUGGAGCGCUUCAACCCCAGCCUCAACACCUGGGAGCAGGUCAGCAACCUGACCACCCGCAAGCACUCCUUUGGCCUCACUUGUGUCAAAAACGUUCUCUACAGCAUCGGUGGCCACGGCAACUUCAGCCCAGGCUUCAAGGAUGUCACCGUCUAUGAGCCUGAGCAGGACAAGUGGCACAACCUUGAGUCGGCGCCAAAGAUUUUACGAGAUGUGAAAGCAGUGAGUGUGGAGGACCGCUAUGUGUACGUAAUGGCCCGGACACCGGUGGACACAGACAGCGAUGAUGGGUUGAAGACUGUGACUUCUCGAUAUGACACAGAGAGCCGCCAGUGGCAGGAAGUGGACUCCUUCCCGCUCAUUGAUAACUAUUGUAUCUUUCAGAUGGCCGUGGCGUCCACCAACUUCUACCACACCGCUUCCUGUUGUCCCAAGAGCUACGUGGUAACAGACGAGGCUGCUCAGCAGAAAAUAAGUAGCCACAUCUCUGAUGACAUCCUGGAGAGCCUGCCCUCAGACGUCACCAGCAUUGAAGGUGCUGCUAUUUGCUACCUGGGUGAAGACGUCUUCAUCAUCGGCGGGUGGAAGAACAGUGAUGACAUUGAUAAGCAGUACCGCAAGGAGGCCUACCGUUACUGUGCUGAGAGGAAGCGCUGGAUGCUGCUGCCGCCCAUGCCCCAGCCGCGCUGCCGAGCCACCGCCUGCCACGUUCGCAUCCCGUACCACUUUCUGUACGGCUGCCAGCGCUACCCCAUGCCGCAGAACCUGGCCCGCCAGCGGGACCGCAUGCAGCAGAUGCAGCAGCUGCACCGACGCACCCUCACCCUGCGCAGACAGCUGCAGUCUCAGAUUGAAUGCUGAGUUCAGUCUGAGAUGGAAAGCAGUUUGCACAUAGUUUGCUCAGUUUUUCUCCUCCGCUCUGUCUGAUCAGCACUCCAUCCACCAAUGGGUUGCUUGCUGCUAAUCCAAUGCUGCAUUGUGUCUUAUUUUUUGCCUUUUUUGAGGCAUGUGUGCAUGGGCUGAACUGGUGCAGGUUUGCAGAAAGACAGUUGGCAGAGAUUACAAAAUGUGAAAAGUUUGUAUGGAACAGAUUUGGAAAUAGCAAGACAGUAGACUAUGAUUGUAUUCUCUUACCUUUAUCAUCUUGGCCUUACAUAAUCAGCUUUGCCUUACUGUUUUUCUCUGUCAGUAAAUGUUUGUUACUGUGGUUACAGUUUCUGAAAAGAUAGCCUCAGUUUGAUUUCAUCACUUCUAUUUCUUUUUCUUUUUUUUUACUUCUUUUUUACAUCUUUCUUUUUCUUCACACAUUUCUCUUCUACCUCCUAUUUCCUUUUCAUUUUUGCUUUUUGCACUAGGGAUUAAAUCUCUAAAUAUUAAUUUUUAUGUAGCACGUAUGUAGUCAAAGGGACAAUCAUGUUAAUUUGUGUUAUAUUUCUGCACUGUGGAGAAUUGGAAAGUAGAGGGAAGCGCUUAAUUUUGGGACCAGAAAAUAUUUUUCCGUCAUUAUAACAUAAGCCAGAGAUCUGCACCUGUGUUGACAGUUUUUACAGUUAAAGUGCUAUUUUUCCAUUCCAGGUUAUGUUGUGAUUUUUUUCUUUAACUAUUUAAAAAUCUGAACUGCUUGCUUAAACCUUUUCUUUGACCAUUAUUUUUUCAUAAUAUAAUAUAGUAUAGUAAAAAAAAAAAAAAAAAAAAAAAAAAGGAUUGUAUCUGUUUUCUUGGUAACAAAGGCUCCAUUUGGGCUCUGUGAUUUCCAGUUUCAUGUUGCCAGAACAUUCCUACAAAUUGCUUAGAGGUGGUGGUGGCCUCCUGGACUGUCUUCUUAUCCUGUCUGAUUGAACAAGAGCAGAUGUUGAUAGGCAGACACUGGGCCAUGGGAAGAUGAUGAAAUAUGUAAAAACACAAGGAAUUGAUUGGAUUUCCCACACUGAAGGAAAUUAAAUGUGUUUGUUAAGUUUGAUGUCGUACACCGCUAGGCUUUUGGCAUUUAUCCUCCAACUCAAAACACAGUGUUGUUCUGCUGGGACCAGCUGCUGAUUUCAGUGUAUUUCCAUGUUCUUGCUGAAACUGCCAGUGCCUGUGAUAUUUCGAGCCAAGCUGUGCUUAAAUUUAUAUCGCUUUGGCUUUUAGUGUUUGGUGUGAGCUCAACAUUUCUCCAUCGACGCACAGUGUGAACAGUUCACUCUUGGAAAGUAAAGUGCACAAUUAAUGUGUAACAAAUCAGAUAAAGGUACAGUCUGCUCAUUAUUAUCGGCAAUGCAAUACAACCUUUUAGGUUGAGUGUCAUACUGAUGUCUUAUAUGGUAUUAUUAUUAUUUCCCAGUUCAGUUUUCUGAUUUCAUAUAGUUGUGUAUACUGGAAAGAACAUGGUAUGGUUGCACUUCGAUCUGUGGUAGCAUCAUUUGCAUUAAAACAGAUAUUUCAUUGAAA